CAUCAUGGUCGCACUCACCCCGUCGUCAAUGCCCCCAUGAGGCCUAAGGGUAAUUAUGUGCUCGUCGAUGCUGGCACGCCAACCACUGCUCGGGUCGAGAAGAAACCUUUGCCUACCAGUAAUGACUCUAAUAAUGAUGAAUACUCAUUUCAGACUACUUUAGAGUAUUUCCUCGCAUCGUUAUGUGAUCUACAACGUGCUGUCACGGCUGUUCGAUUCGGUUUACGUUACGCUAAAUCAUCAGAAGUCACCGAUCUCGUGUCAAAAAUCCAACACUGCCAGUUUACAACGCGUGAUGUGGUUCAAUCACAUCCGAACAUUAUUCUUUCAGUACUUAAAGAAAUGUUUACGAAACUACCGCCAGUGUUUGAAAACGAGGAAUUUUUGAGUCUUUCACUAUCGGCCUCGGACGAACUUGUUUUAUGUUAUCUACGUAGCUCUUUGGAUGCUCUACCAUUGGCAAAUCGCCAACGUGCCUAUUUGCUAUGCUGUUCAUUACGGAAUCUACUUGACUUCACCUGCUAUCGAGGGCAAAGCUUGAUUGAUGUCAUCAUGCUGUUUACGCCUAUACUGUUUCCAAGAUGUAAAAACACUACAGAGGGAUUUCUACGAGCAUGCCGAGCUAUGCUAAUGAUGAUCGAGCAAAAUCAGGCCGUUUUCAGAAAGUUUUUUCCUACCCGAACAGAGGACGACUUUUUGAGAGACCUAAUGAACUCUUUGGAUGGACUACAACUCGGCAGCAUCGAUGGAGACAUUAUCAUGGAGGAAACUUCAGCCGGCGUUGACGAAGAACCUCUACAUGACAUACCAUUGAAGGAUUCUCAACCCUAUUAUACCCUGGCCUUUUGUGAUUAACCAUAACCCUCAAAUUGUAAAUGCUGACCUCCACAAUCUUUUUUAUCAUUACCUUAACAAGAACUGCAAAAGUCAACAAACAGCCUCCCCCCCCCCCAAAGUAUUGUACAAUUGACUUUGUGUUUUUCAUAGCUCGAUCACAUCAUCCCUGAACCGUUGUACAUACUUCCAUAGCUUCCAUGUUUGUCGUCAAUUCAUUUCCAUUUUUGGAAAAGCUGCUCAAACAACGUGCAAACCAGUCUCUAAUAAAUUUUGCCUCUGCUGUAACAAGUCUGCUGUUCAUUUAUUUACACAUCAUGGCUACUAUUGUUCCAAGUAAAUGAUUGUAAGAAAACGGA